CAGCCAGAGAGAGACUGCAGACGCACAGUCUGUGCUGAGUUCACUGUGGGGUUCGUCCUGUGGGUUUUGGUGUGUACCUACUGCAGUGGCAUUCGUGUUUGGGUGACACAAUGACCCCUGGUUGUCACCUCCUCACUGCUCUGGCCAUCCUGUGGAAGGUCACUGUGACACUGGGCUGCAUGUGUGACCGAUACCCCUGGAGUGCAUGGAGCACCUGCUCCAAAACCUGCAACUAUGGAACCCAGGACCGGCACAGGAGGAUCAGCUAUGAUGAGUACUACAGGACGAACAUGUGUGAGCAGCUGUGUGUGAAGCGGGAGAGCCGUGCCUGCAACGUGGAGGCCUGUCCCAUCCACUGCCAGCUGUCAGAGUUCGGACACUGGUCACCAUGUUCCCCCUGCGCUAAGAAACAGUUUCGGACGCGAUCACUGGUGAGGCCAGCGCAGUUUGGAGGGCAGGACUGCAGCGAGACUCUGAUGGAGGACCGGGCAUGUCACCCCACCACCGAGUGCAGGAUAGAGAAAGUCGACUGUGGGGCCAAAUUCACCUGUGACAGUGGGCGCUGCAUCGAUCCCAAACUGCGCUGCAACUCACAGAAUGACUGUGGUGACAACUCUGAUGAGAGGCACUGCGCCAGGAUCAGCAGAGUGUGUAACCGCAUCUAUGAGAGCAUCCCUGGGGCAGAGCUCAUGGCCAACGGGUUUGAUGCUGUGGCUGAGAGCAUGCGUGGAGCUGUCCUUGACAACAUGUUUUUCGGGGACCAGUGUGUCACUAACCGCAGCCGCGAGGACAGGAAACAGUAUCGCAUCCCGGCCAACGUGGAGAGCGUUCAUCUCAAGGUUGAGUACCUGGAGGACUUCAGAGAGGAGGCGGAGCCAGCGCAGAGUGAGCCGGUGGAGCUGUCAUCAGAGGCCUCGUCCAGCCAGUCCCACUCAGAUCACCGUUCCGGCUCCCUGUGGAUCCCCAUCCUCUUCUCCAGCAGGACGAGCAGGACCUCCUCGGGAUCCUCUUCCUUCCGCACCGCCGUCAAAGCCUCGCAGAAGAAGGACUCCAAAUUCUUCCGCGUGCACCAGGUGGUGGGUGUGUCCACCUUUAGGACAAAGCAGUCCGACCUUUACCUCUCGGAGCCCUUUCUGAGAUUCCUGAACGAUCUGCCUCUAGAUUACAACUACGCCCUCUACAGGCAGGUCUUCCAGCUCUUUGGGACCCAUUAUUUUGGCUCUGGGACACUGGGUGGAGUGUAUGACCUGCUUUACCAGUACGACAGGGAGGAGCUGAAGAACUCUGGUUUCACAGACUCUGAGUCGAGUGGCUGCAUCGCGUCGGAAACCUCGGUGAGGUUCCUGCUGUUUUUUUCAUCAAGAAGUGUCAGUCGGACAUGCUACAAUAAUAAGAUGUCUGAAAAAUAUGAAGGCUCGUUCCUGAAGGCGUCGGAGCGAUCCAUCUCCAUGGUGCGGGGGGGCAGGGCGGAGUACACGGCCGCUCUGGCCUGGGAGAGGCAAGGGGCUGCUCCCGACAGCACCACCUACAAGAACUGGAUGGAGUCCACCAAAGACAACCCCACCAUCGUAGACUAUGAGCUGUUGCCCAUUCUGGAUCUGGUCAGAGGGUUUCCCUGCGCAGUGACGAAGAGGAGACACCUGGAAAGAGCGCUGGUGGAGUACCUGGAGGCCUUCGACUCCUGCAAGUGUGCCCCCUGUCCCAACAACGGCCGCCCGGUUCUGUCUGGGACGGAGUGCCUGUGCGUGUGCCAGACUGGUACCUACGGGUCAAACUGUGAGAAGCGGGCCCCAGACUACACCUCAGAGGCUGUUGACGGUCGCUGGAGCUGCUGGGGGCCUUGGAGCACCUGCGACUCCUCCAUGAGGCGGCACCGGGUUCGAGAGUGCAAUAACCCCGCCCCUCUCAGAGGUGGGAAGGCCUGUGCUGGGAGCAGCAAGCAGGAGCAGGAGUGCUAUAUCUCCAUCUUCCAAAAGCAGGACGUGUGCAUCAGUGAUGAUGAAUUAGAGAGAGAGUCGGAGCAGGAGGAGGUACCGGGCUCCCCUGCAUGUCGCAAACCCAGGCCACCUGUGAACAGCUACCUGAGGAUGGAUAAGCAGCGCUACGAUUUUGGGGAUCAGGAAGAGGUGGUGUGUCACUCCGGCUAUGAGAUGGAGGGGUAUCAGUACUUCCGCUGUCUGCCGGAUGGGAAGUGGAGCGAGUUCACAGGGACAUGCCUCAAGAAGGUGUGUACCAGGCCCGAUCUGCCUGCGGACAUGACCCUGCAGCCGAGGAAGGACGAGUACAAGAUCGGCGACGGCAUCGUGCUGAACUGCGCCACAGCGGGGAUGGUCCCCUCCGGCCCGCGCUUCUACACAUGUGGGAGGAGCCUGACCUGGGACCCGCCCCUCCCGAGCGACAUACACUGUGAAAAUGAGAAGCCGUUUAUCCCCGAUAGCAGCUGCAGGCGUGGAGAGAGGAAGCAGGGCUCCCAGUGUGUGUGCAUCCCUACAGAAGAGUGCAGUCCAUACAGGGCGGACCUUUGCGUCCUGGAUGCAGGAAGUGGCAGCGCUGUGAUGAAGUCGGCCUGUGCCCUGCAUGCUGGCCGUUGCCACGGAGACCAGCUCUACUUCCUGAGUGAGGGAGCAUGUGAGGUGGAUGAGCCCACCUUGGAGUGGGCGCGGUUCCGAGCCAGGCUGUCCAAUCAAAGCCAGGUCCAGGAGCCGUGUGGACCAGGCACCUGCUACGAAUGGGAGACAUGCUCUGAGUCUAAGCGAUGUGAGUGCAAACUGCCCCGGGACUGCUCCAGGGGGGGUCAGCAGCUCUUCUGCCUGGAGCUGAAGGCCGGCACCAGGAAGACCAUGAACCUGUGCUUCACAGCGGCCAUGAAGUGCGCCAGGCUUCAGUUUGAAAUCGCCCAUGAGGGGGAGUGUUAAACCCAAAACGCACCCAGAGAAACACACUAACCGAAAAAACGGGCACUUUCCCAUGCACGUGCCUGACCUGAUUCUUAAUCAUAUCACUGACCAAUCGGAUCCAUGCUGUGAGGGCCAUGGGUAAUAACUGAAGAGCAGUUUUGAAUAUAUCUCAUAUGAAGCUUUGCUGUGGGCUCACUGCUGUAGUGUUGCAUACAAAAUCUUUUCCCUUCUCACUCUAUUCUUGUUGCUUACCGUAAAACUUCCAGUAAACGCAGAGGCCUUUAUUUGCUUUAAUUACUUAACUUUACCGGCCUUCAGUCUUCUGCAAGUUAUUGGUAGCUGAA